AUGCCAGAAUCCAGGGUCGCCCUCUUUCUCGGGGUUGACAUUUCAAUCACGGUUCUAGCCUUAUCCGUCGUCGUAUUGAGAGUCUGGCAUCGAUGGUCGCAGAGCCGGCUCGCGAUUUCAGAUUACCUGGUCAGCACGGCCAUGCUAGCUGCUGUCAUACAUCUGAUUCUUGAUAUUACCAUCACGGCCGCAUUUGGCUAUGGCCGCCACCAAAGGGAUCUCCCGCCAGAUCUUCAAGGGUCCUACAAGACCAACCUCAUGUUCUGGCUCAUCCAAAUCUUCACCAAGCUUCCGCUUUUAUUCAGUAAACUCUCCCUGACGUUUGUUUAUCGCGACCUCAUGACCCUCGUCGAUCACCCCCUCGUCAAAUUCUCCCGUGCUGUUAACUACACCCUCAUGGUGGUUCUUGCGGGCUUCUUCACAGCUGCUACACUCGUGAGCAUGUUUGCCUGCGACCCGGUAUAUAAGAGUUGGCUACCUAAAGUCCCGGGGCAUUGCAUUGAUACAACGGUCAUGUUCAACUAUGUCACCGGCUCCGUCAACGUAUCUACUAGUAUAUGCCUGAUUUGCAUUCCGUUACCAGUAUUAUAUCUGGCCAAGAACAAACGCAUUGAGGUGAAGCAACUGACUGCUCUGAUCCUCUUUGGUUUGAUAGAUACUAUAAUAUCUAUAGUCCGACUCUACAUGAUUACCGAUCUGUACAACGUCAAAACAGAUUUCACUUGGCUAAUCAUCCCUACACAUAUCAUGAUCGUCGUCGAGAUGAAUAUCACUAUCAUUGCUGCCUCCUUGGUCGUCAUGCGACCCUGCUUUCAAGCUAUUUUCGACCUCGCAUUUCCCACAUCUCUCUACGCUAGCCACAAUGCAUCCAGUCGUGGAGAUUCCAACUAUCACAGCAGGAGGUCGGAUGGCUACAUCAUGAGCCUGGAUGAGAACGAUGGCGCUGUCCAGCACGACGAGUCCACUGGUAGGCGUGCAACGGGGGAGAGAAUAUUGAAGACUGUAGAUAUUGAAUUGGCGAGUAAGGACGCGAGUACGGAGGACAUACUUAAAGAAACCCGAUUACGAAAUCCAACGGACCGACCAGAAUGGCAUAAAAAAUAACUUAAGCAUUGGUCAGGAGUUUACUAUUUGGUGACCGACCAGUCAUUACAUAGAAUCCGCGUAUAGGCGACACAGCAUGCAGAGAGAGGGACCUACGAAGUACAUUAAGAAAAAUAUUCCGCGGUGGGUAACGGUGACAUUACCAAUUCACCAAGCAUAGUACUAAAUGGAACAUCAAGAAGGGAGUGAACCAAGGUACGAAGAAUCUCGAGAGUGCUACCCCGGCAAGUUGAAUGGAUACCGUGUAUUUGGUGUCCAAUGCUUUGCAGGAUGCCGUCAAAACCCCGAAUUUCACAAAUCUAUUGCACUAUUAGCGACAUAAUAUGAUUAUAUUUGCUUAGUGUUUGUUGUGGGGAUGAGCUGUG